AUGUACUUCAAAGAAGCAAAUGUUUCACUAUUAGUUGGGUUUGUGAGCAUCCUCGCAAGCAUAAAACUGUACACGGACAGAGAGAACCUACACAGAAAAGUUAUCCACAUUGUCCUUCCCUUGCUCUCCACUGCUCUCCACAUUCUCCCGUUCUUCAUCCCGUUCUUUAUUUCUACGCCUGCGAGAAUACGCAGAAUUUUAAACGGCUCCAUCUACUCAACAUCGCUGGCCAUAAGCGUAACUCUGUUUGCCAUGUACUUGUCCUGCAAUUCUUUCAAAAUAUUCACAGGCCUGUUUGUCAUCGCAUAUCUUCUUGCCUCUCUUUUUGAGACUUCGCUCUACUUCUGGAAAUGGCACACAAGAAGCAAAAAAAGAAAAGAGUUUAAAAACAGGCCGCUAAUCAGACGAAGAUACGGAAAUGGCGAGAUAAAAAUGCCGCCCAUCAGCGUCAGCACAGAAGUCAAGCACCUGAGAGCCAAAAACGACUUUGUAUUCAACGGAGCUGUGUACAUUAGAAAGGGCGAGACUGUAGAGCUCCUAAAGCCCAUAGGCUCGUACUACUCUGUGAGAACAUCCACAGGCACUGAGUACAUAGUCCCAAAAGAAAACUUCUUUUGA